AGUUGAGCUCAUUGCAGAAGAAACCCUCCUCACCAGAAAUGGCGUCCUCAUUCACUACGCCAAAGCUCACCACUUCCACAACUCUCUUCUUCUCUAAGAACCUCACGCUUUCUCUCUCUAGCCCCUUUCUAUCGCUUCCCUUAAAUCUAACUUCCGUCGCUCGCGCCCGCUCCAUCUCUCUCAACCACCACCGGCGGCGGUGCAGUUUCGUUACCGCUUCCGCUGAGUCCGAGAACGGCGCUGAAAUCGGCCGCAAAUUCGAUUUUGAUCUCUUCACUAUCGGCGCUGGCAGCGGUGGAGUCCGGGCUUCCCGCUUUGCCGCCAAUUUCGGUGCCUCUGUCGCCGUAUGCGAGCUCCCAUUCGCAACUAUCUCCUCCGAUACCGCUGGCGGCGUCGGUGGCACGUGUGUGCUUCGUGGAUGUGUGCCCAAGAAACUACUUGUGUAUGCUUCAAAGUAUUCUCAUGAAUUUGAAGAGAGUCAUGGUUUUGGUUGGUCAUACGACAAUGAACCAAAGCAUGACUGGAGCACCUUGAUGGCUAACAAGAAUGCCGAGUUGCAUCGUCUCACUGGCAUUUACAAGAAUGUUUUGAAGAAUUCUGGUGUCACUUUGAUUGAAGGUCGUGGAAAGAUAGUGGAUCCUCACACGGUUGAUGUCGAUGGGAAAAUAUAUUCUGCCAAAAAUAUACUAAUUUCAGUUGGAGGGCGACCCUUCAUUCCUGAAAUUCCUGGCAGUGAAUACGUAAUUGAUUCAGAUGCUGCCCUUGAUUUGCCAUCUAAGCCCGAGAAGAUAGCAAUUGUUGGCGGAGGAUACAUUGCCUUGGAGUUUGCUGGCAUCUUCAAUGGGUUGAAUAGUGAGGUUCAUGUCUUUAUACGUCAGAAGAAAGUUCUGAGGGGAUUUGAUGAAGAGGUCAGAGAUUUCCUUGGAGAACAAAUGUCUGUUAGAGGAAUUGAGUUCCACACGGAGGAGUCUCCCCAAGCUAUCACUAAAUCUGCUGAUGGUACAUUGUCUUUAAAAACCAGCAAAGGAACAAUUGACGGCUUCUCACAUGUUAUGUUUGCAACUGGACGCAGGCCUAAUACUAAGAAUUUAGGACUGGAGGCUGUAGGGGUAAAUAUGAACAAAAAUGGAGCAAUAGAGGUUGAUGAAUACUCUCGUACCUCAGUCCCUUCCAUUUGGGCAGUUGGAGAUGUUACAGACCGUAUAAAUCUCACUCCAGUUGCUUUGAUGGAGGGAGGUGCCUUAGCAAAAACACUAUUUCAGAAUGAACCAACAAAACCUGAUUACAGGGCUGUUCCUUCUGCUGUGUUUUCGCAACCACCGAUUGGACAAGUUGGUCUUACUGAAGAACAGGCUGUAGAACAGUACGGCGAUGUUGACAUUUUCACAGCAAACUUCCGGCCCUUAAAGGCUACUUUAUCUGGGCUCCCUAAUCGAGUCUUCAUGAAACUUAUAGUCUGUGCUAAAACAAACAAAGUUCUGGGGUUGCAUAUGUGUGGAGAUGAUUCACCUGAAAUUGUGCAGGGAUUCGCAAUUGCUGUCAAAGCUGGCUUGACCAAAGCUGAUUUCGAUGCCACGGUGGGUGUUCACCCAACAGCUUCAGAAGAGUUUGUGACAAUGAGGACUCCUGCACGGAAGAUUCGAAAAAGUCCUCCAUCUGAGGGAAAGACGGAUUCUGAGGCUAAAGCUGCAGCAGGAGUAUAGACAAUGCUCGUGCUGUAACCAAUCUGGUGACUGCUCGAUAAAGAACUUAAACAGGUCUCCAUUUAUCGAAAUCACUGAUAAAGGUCCAAGUGAGUUAUGUUACUGGUCACCCAGAAUGUAAUUUGACAAGCAGUGCACUAUGUUGUCUGAUUAGAAUUGUCAGAAAGCUUAGAGAGAAUGCUGGCGUGGCUUUGGGGCAGUGGAUACAGGGAUGGAAUUCUUGAGGAGCAACAAUUGUUCUACACCAUUUAUAUAUAUUGUUUUUGCUUAUUUUCCCUACUUUCUGGUAUUGCAGUGAGGCUGAGAUAUGGAUUCCAAUCAAUAAUCAGCCUUUCCAGCCUUCAAUAAUCAAUUCUUGCUGUGGUUGUUUUCAUAAAUCAAUUUUUCCCUUUUGUACAAUAUAACAGAUGUUGAGCUUGAGACCAAACCAAACCAAAUUGAGUGUACAAAGGUAUGAGAUUCUUCACUAAUCUAGUAUAUUGGAAUGGGAAAAUAUUUGGUACAAGGCCUUGUUACAAUUGUGUUUUAUUGCUUUUCUGUUUUUCCUUUUGUUGAACUUCGGUGCAUGUAAUUUUUUUUUCAUCAAUUUUGUUAAUAACUAAAGCAAAAAAUUGUAGCAUGGAAUAUACGGAAAAGUACUCUUAUGAGAA